UCGCCCAGUGACUUGCCAAGCAUGGCCUCACGUUUCUUGCCCUCUCUUAAUAGAGGGCCAAUUGGGAAAUCUGAAGCUUACAUGUUUUGUGGACAAUUCUCUCUGGAUGGAAAAUUUUUCAUGAGUGCCUCUCAAGACCAAGUUAUUCGAAUCUAUGAUGUAAAUACUAUUCUCCUCAAAAAAUCUACAAUAUCAACCGCAAAUGUUGGAUGGAGUAUUAUUGAUUGUAAUCCAUCCCCAGAUAAUAAGUUAUUAGUGUACAGUAGUUGGAGUCCAUAUAUUCAUUUGGCAACCUUUGCUCCUCAGGAUUAUGAUCCAAAUGAAGAUAUUGAUAAGAGACUCAAAUAUAUAGAAAAGCAUGAACAAUUAUAUCUCAAUCCAGGAAAUUACAGAUUUUGUGCUUUUGCUGUUCGUUUCAGUCCUGAUGGAAAGGAAAUCCUGGCAGGUUCUAACGAUGACCAUCUCUAUAUUUAUGAUUUGGAGAAGAAUGUAAGAACUGAAAAAAUACAUGCUCACAAAUCUGAUAUUAACACUGUAUGUUAUGCAGGCUCAUCAUGUCCAAACCUAUUCUAUUCUGGCAGUGACGAUGGAUUAUGUAAGGUUUGGGAUAGACGUCAGUGCUCAACAUCAUCCUCAACACCUGUAGGUAUAUUGGCAGGCCACUCUGAUGGUAUUACAUGUGUCACUUCAAAAGGAGAUGGCAGAUAUUUUAUCAGUAAUGGUAAAGAUCAAACCUGCAAGUUGUGGGACAUUAGAAAGAUGGCUGACUCUGCCCCACAAAUUCCAAGAGCAAGUAAUUUAUGGGACUACAGAUAUGAAGCUGCUCCUUCACGACAUGCCAGAGUGAUACACCCACAUGAUCAAUCCUUAAUGACCUACACUGGUCAUCACGUCCUGCAAACCUUGAUUAGAUGCUACUUUAGUCCAAUGAGUACCACCGGACAACAGUACAUUUAUACAGGUAGUCAUGAUGGUAUUGUAUACAUUUUCGAUAUUCUAACUGGACAAAUAGUCAAACGACUUUAUGGACAUUCUCACAUUGUCAGAGAUGUCAAUUGGCACCCAUAUUUACCUGUUUUGUUCUCUUCCUCUUGGGACGGCACAUGUUUAAUGUGG